AUCAAAUAAAACAUUAAGAUAAAAACAAGGGUUCUUCAGCGAUCCCUUUCGUUACUGAAUCUUCCUAAUCCUACUACGCUUGUUAACUCUCUCUGGAACAAGAUUCUUAGCUUCUCCGAGUACCUUCGGAAUCCCCAAGGUUUCUUCUUCACCUUGUACUCCUCUCUGUUCCGUACGUAGCCAUUAUCGUACGCAACUCGCAUCGUAUGGUACGAAUGCGCAUUGUGUAAUUGUACUGGAACUGAAAUAGACUGAAAUUCAAGAUCACAGAAGGAGUAUGGCUGAUAUCUUUGCGUGGCUCUUCUCCUUCUUCGUCCUUAUUGGCUUAAUUGUUCUCAACGUUUACCAGUUAAUGUGUCUGGCAGACCUUGAAUUUGAUUACAUAAAUCCUUAUGAUUCCGCAUCUCGAAUAAACAAAGUGGUUUUGCCUGAGUAUAUUACAGUAGGUGUCCUGCUCUGCUUCUACGUUGUAACAGGGCAUUGGAUAAUGUCACUGUUCUGCCUUCCUUACCUCUACUACAAUGUGAGAUUGUACAGACAGGGAAAACAUCUAGUUGAUGUUACAGAGAUUUUCAACUUGCUUCCUUGGGAAAAGAAGCAACGGCUUUUCAAGCUCUUCUAUGUUAUUUUUAUGCUUUUCCUCUCCUUAUUUUGGUUGAUAUACACAUCACUGGAUGACCAAGAUAACUAGGUUUGUGGCGUUUAACUGCCACCAUGUAUCAAAGCCUAUUCUGGACUACGGUGUAUUCUUAAGCUUUGGUUGCCGGCAUGUAUCAUUUAUUGGACAUUAGAUAACUGCAUGACUGUAUUUUUAUAUCAAUACACUUCAAGCAGUUUUGUUGCUUGUGGGAUUUUUGCAUGUUUGAGAAUAACGCAAAAUGUUGAGUUCAAACAUUUCCGUUCUACAUGGCAUGGUAGUGGUACCAAAAUAAUAUGGGUAAAGCUAUUCAUACUUGUAA